AUGGGAUAUGAGUCUAUACCCCUAACGGCCCGUGAGGCCGCCUCAGGCCUCCUAGGUUCAGUAUCCAUGACCUGCUGGAUCUUCCUGCUGGUCCCCCAACUAAUCGAGAACUACCGCAAUGGUAACGCCGAAGCAAUCUCACUCCUUUUCGUCUUCGUCUGGUUCGUCGGCGACAUAGCGAACCUUGCCGGCGGCCUGAUGGCCGGCCUCGUUCCCGUCAUCGUCGCGAUCGCAGUCUACUUUUGCAUUGCGGACGGCGUGCUCAUCGCGCAGUGUUUAUAUUACAAAGCGCGUAACUCGCGUGAGCCUGCUCAUCGCCGCCGCUCGUCCGUUGAGACUCCCGACCCGGCUACCCCGCUGCUGGGCCGGCGCUUCAGUGAUCCGAUUAUAUCUUCGCAGGGACGGCGCCGGUCGUCGGCAUCACAGCGUGGGUAUGGGGCUGGACGGCGGGAGAGCCAGGUUGAGGAUACGCUUGCGAAGAUUGUUGAGGAAAAUGAUACUGGGCGCAAGGCUUGGUCUAAAAACAUUGCUAGUGUGCUUGGUAUCUUUGUUGUUGGUAUGGCGGGUUGGACUAUGGCUUGGCAGACGGGGAUGUGGGAGCCUGCGCCGAUUGAGAAUAGUGGUGACUCUGAUGAGGCGACUGGUGGGUUGGUGCUUGGGUACUUCAGUGCUUUGUGCUAUCUUGGAGCGAGAUUGCCUCAGAUUUACAAAAACUAUAGCGAGAAGUCUUGCGAGGGAUUGUCGCUGCUGUUCUUCAUCCUCUCCCUUAUGGGCAACUUGACCUACGGCGCGGGCAUUCUUUGCCAUUCCACAGACAAGGAUUACUUCCUCACCAAUCUCCCUUGGUUGAUCGGCUCUCUCGGUACUAUGUUUGAAGAUGUGAUCAUCUUCAUUCAAUUCAGGAUCUACGCUGUUCAGGAAUCAAACCUCUCCGCGGUUUCAUAA